CACUAUUUGGAGGGGUUUUUAGAUGGGGCGUUACGUUGAUGUACUCAAGCCAUAUAAAUCUUGAGUUUGUAGGUUCAGUAAACAAAGAAUGGGCAUGGAAAGAUAAUUUGUACUACUUUCAUUCUCUGAAAGUCAAGACAGAGUUAUGCCAUCACAAUGGUUGUGUCAAUACUAUCUGCUGGGAUGAUCGCGGAGAAUAUAUUUUGUCGGGUUCAGAUGACAGAUGCAUCGCUAUCGCGAAUGCUUUCUCACUGGAUUCUGAAAGCCAUAAUGUCUAUAUUUUGAAGCUCCCUGCGUACAGUAAUAUUUUUACUGCCAAGUUUCUGCCAUUUUCUUGUGGAAGUGAAAUAGUUGUCGGCUUUAAGUGUGGCUGUGUCACACACGUUAACCCUAAUUCUACUAUUAAAGAUAGUCUUAGGAAUAUUUUCUGUCACAGCUUUGCUGUUUAUGAUAUUCUUACUAUGCAAGAAAUGCCUAGUUGCUUUAUAACACUAUCUCAUGACCAUUCGGCGACGCUUCUGGAUACUAGAGUCACCUCCAUCGUACGUGAGAACCAGAGUUGUAGUCGGGGAUGCUUCAGAAAUACACACUCACCAUGGUUUUCAAAUUUUUCUGUGGUCAAUCAGUUGAAGUUCCAGUUUCCAGUAACUGCUGGGGAUAUCCAUCCUGUCGAUGGAUGCCGUUCAAUCGCUUUAGCAACAGCUGAUGGUUUUGUACGGCUCUUCGAUAUUCGGAAGCUUUUCUCUACCGUGUCCUCCUCCGCUGCUGUGGGCGACCCACCUCAACCAAUACCAUUCCGUGUAGCCAGACCUCUUGGUCUACCUGCGAAGAUCAAUUCUAAUAAAACUUUCAGAUUAGAUUACGGACCAGGUCAUAUAACGUCAGUCAAGUUCGAACCUAUCUAUGACAAGGAUCAUACUCGUUUUUUAUCACCCACUGGCUGUAAACAGUCACUUUCAUCCGAUCUUGGUGGGAAGCAUUUACUUGUCAGUCAUAUGUAUGCCCCUGUUUUCUUAUAUGAUCUCAAUUCAGAAGAAACUGGUAAUGAUUCUGAAGUACAGCGACCAGAUUGGCUGCCGAAUACCAAUCCACAGAGUCUAUCCUCGGAAACAGAAUCUUCUCGCUCUCCUGAAGAUAGCCUGAUUUCAGAUCCAAAUAUACGUUUAACUGUUGCUCUUUAUCGGUGGCUUACUCAGCAUCGAUCUAGAACAGAUAUAAGUGCUGCGGAUGAAACAUCGACUGUGCCUCAAACAGUAUCUUCAAGUCCUGCUGAGUCAACAAUUAGUGAAACUUCUAGCACGGAUAUAACACAGAAUUCUCAGCGUGAACCAAAACUUCCCAUCGACUACUUAACUGAUGCAUAUAUUUCUGACAUCAUAAAAUCUUCUCCAAGAUGCCGCGAAGUUAUGAAAUAUUGUGGUCGUGAAUGCUGUAGUACUGUGGUCAAAGUGUCAACAUUUUGGGGCCGUAAUUUUAUUUUAUCUGGAUCUGAAUGUGGUCAUUUAAUUGCAUGGAAUCGUAAUACAGGAAAGCCUGAACUUGCUAUUAAAGCAGAUACAUCUGUAGUAAAUCGAAUUAUUCCUCAUCCUCGUUUUCCAAUGAUUGCUGUUAGCGGAAUUGAUCGAUCUAUAAAAAUAAUUGAACCUGAUCCAAAUGUAUACGAAGAAAAUGAUGUUGACAAUGAUGAUGAUGACUAUAGUGAAUCAACUUUUAUGAAAGUAGUAAAACAGCAUGAAGAGGAAGCAUAUCAGUUAUGUCAAACAAAUGAAAUAAGAACAAAACAAAUAUUAAGUUCUGGAAAUAAUCACUUAGAUAGUAUUGCACGUCUACGAGCUGGUCGGAUUGCACGAAUGAUCUUACUACGGCUCGUUGAAGGAACAAAUGACUCCACGGAUUCAGGAGAUAUGAAUUCAAACACAUGAAGCUAGUCUGGCUGUGACUUUUAUAAAUCUUGAUCUCUGUGCUUUCAUCUAAUUUUUUUCUUGUCAUUUAUUCAAACCAUAAUUCUUCAUUUAUUCUAUGACAUGCUUUUAUCCUCUCUCGAAAUUUCCACUUAUCACAAAACUUGUUACGUAGUAUUUUUUUUCAAGUUGUCAUUUAUACCUGUAAAGAAGUUUUUAAAGUUCAGCAAGAUUAUCGUCGGUUUUCUAAGUAUGGAGCUAAUUAGCUGCCUAGUUUCGAAAUAAUUUUUAUGACUAAUGGGG